AUGGGUAGUGGCGGGGAUGUUGAUAGUUACUACAGUGGAGCAGGAGCGCUUACCACCCCCAGUAUCCCUGUGCUGUUGCGGGCUCUUGAGGCCCGGCUGUCGAUAGAAGAAGCAGGAAGGCCACCAUGUCGAGGAAGUUGUGCACCGCUUGGCAGUCUUCGAAGCUAUGAAAUCCUGCUGCGGUACCACAAUAAGCAGGAUCAGAGUGCCAAGAGCUUAGGGCCAACCAAUGUGACGACAAAACAACGUCUUCAUGGGAUGACCUUGGAGCUACAGAGGGCGCACCGGUAUGAGGCGGCAGAGGCCUUGGACCUAGUUGUCGCGUGGCUGUUACGAUUUGAAGAGGAACAAGAACGUCACCCUCACAGCAAUGGAGACAAAGGCUCGGUGUUUCCUUCAUCCUCCGUCCUGACGGUCUUGUCUCUGUUGGCAGGCGCUCCUGGCUUGGUGGAAGAGAGUGCGGGCAUCGGAGCCAGGAACCUGGGUCCUUUGGCUACUGGGUUGUUAACACGGUCUAGGCAACAGACCCCCGAGUCGGACGCCGUGUUACGACCAGAGCAUCGCAGCAAACAAGGACAUGUGCCACCAGGGCCCUCAAGGAGACUGGAGGUGGCCAGAAGGGGAUGUCGACAUCUGGGAGAGACGUGGGCACGCACGCGUGGGGAGAAGGCACUGGAGCCAGUAUUAGAACAUCCAGCCCUCCCGACCCGGGUAGCAUCGGAUUGGAACGUGAUGGGGGAACGAAGGCUGAUGGAUGGGGACGCCCACCAGGAAGGUACUGGCUUGUGCGGCGCCACCCUUUAUCCCAGCUGGGUCUUCUCCACUCUCCCCGAGCCCCGUCCCACCCUGGAGAUGGGCCCCCCCACGUCUGCCCUGAAAAUGUCUGAGGCCGAGCGUUUCCUGGCCAAACCCUGGACGGACGCGUCGUUCUUGUCCUCGUUGGGUCCCCUCCGCCCGGCGGGGGCCCGCCCUGCCUUGGCUGUCCCCGAUGUGGGCGGGCGCCUGACCCUUCCCCCUCUCUCGGACACGCGCGCCCAGGACCCGCUCGACCGUGUCCUCCGCUCCCGGGCUUGGCGUCAGGCUGACACAGCACCCCUGCCCUCGGCACAUGGGGUAGAGGCUUCCCGUCGUCCUCCCCCUGUCGCCUCGCCAAGCCAGGACGCGCCGCCCCCCCAUCCGCCGCUGCCGGCCACGAAUCCGUGCAUUACCCCACCCCCACAGCCUCCCUGCCGACCCUCCCUAAGCCCGUGCUUGGGCUGGGAAAGCACUUGGGCCACAGGCGGAGGUCCCCACUGGGUGCCGCCCUCCCCCCGCCUUCUCUCCCAGGAGCCCUCCCCGGCCCUGGACGCCGUCCUCCCCCCUUCGCGCCCCGGACCCGUCUUGGAACAGCACAUGCUCGUGGACGCGGUCUUCCAGGCGCUCCGAGGCCUCCCCUCCCAGGCUUUCCUCCUUGACACCCAGGGCCUGUCCCUCCAGCCGCGGCCCUACCUCCGGGUAGUCGGCAGCAGCACAGGGAGCAUCCAACGCGCCCUGGACGGCGUUGCGGUGGCCGGUACUUGUUUUCUCCGCCUUCAGACCCUCAGCGCUUAUCUCGGGAGCCAACGUCUUCUCACCACCACCGGUAGCGGUGGCAGGGCGGGCUGGAAGGUGGGGGGGAGGGCGGUCAGUCAAGUCUACCAGGCCUUCGCGGCCGUCCUGGGUCGCGAGCUUGCGUGUUGGGCGGCCCGCGUGGAAGAGGAACGGGAAUCUGCGGGGAUUCGAUGGGCUCAGAAGGGUCAUAGCCCGGGAAACCAGCGCCAGGCGAGCGUGCUGGAGGUCUGGAAGGCAAAGAUGGAAGAAAUAGGUGCUUUGUUUCUGGCGGCGAACGGUGGACGUGGAAGUCCCCGCUGGGGAGGCGGGGGCAGGCGGGCCGGGCGCCUGCAGGGUCGUUGGGAUGAGGUCCAGGCCUGUCUCCGCCACCUCGCUCCCGUUUUGGACCCGCGAGCGGCCGGUCUCCGCGUCUGCGUCGGGAUCCCGCCUCCGGGGGCACUGCUCGUGCACGGGCCCCAGGAAAGCGGGAAAACCACGCUCGUCCAUGCCGUGACGGCCCAUGUGGCCAGGUCCCCGUGGGCGGUGGGGACGGUGUGGGUGCCGUGUUUGGCUCUCCGGGGGCUGAAAAUGGAGGCGGUGCUCCAAGCAUUGGCGGGCGCCAUGGCCCAAGCGGCGGCCAAAGCGCCCGCACUCCUGGUUUUGGACGACUUGGAUGCCCUCUGCCCGGCGGAGAACGAGGAAGCAGGAGAGGCGAAUGUACAAGCGGCCGAGAUCGCCGAGGCCAUCGGGAAGAUGCUGGAGGAGGCGCGGGAGGAGACGAGAGUCCGGGAGGAGGUCAUGAGGGUGGCGGCGGGGGGGGCAAGGAGGCUGUGGCAGGCGGGACCCGGCGCCCAGGGAGGGAGGGAAGGAGCGACGGAGGUAGGGGAGGAGCCGGGCGCGGGGCAAACAAUGUCACCUGUCGCAGGGGAAGGGAAGGGGGAAAAUCGCAUCGAGGCUGGCACGUGGUCCAAGCCGCCAUCCGAGGCCUGGGUCAUCUUGGGAGCUGCCGCCGUGAGUAGUGCGGUCGCCCUGGUCGCCACCGUCCGGGACCCCAGCCUCCUCCACGCUUCCCUUCGUCGGCCCGGCGGGGUGGAGGCUUUGGUGGAAAUCCCCCCCCUGGACGCCAAGGCCCGCGAGGCAAUCUUGGCCGCGCUCCUCGCCCAGCACUCCAGCAACCAUUCUUUCCCCUCCUCACCCUCCCUUGGGCCCUCCGCCCCGCCCUCCCCUGCCCGGCCUGCGCCCGACCGGCCCCUGUCCGUUGUCCCCGGCGUCGACGUGGCCGAGCUGGCCGCCCGGUUGGAGGGAUGCACAUCCCUCGACCUGGAAGUCCUGGUUACCCGGAUCCUCCACGCGGCCGUCGGGCGCUCGUUGCGCGAGCUUGGUGACACGGCCUCCGCCUCGACCGUCGAUCCCCGCCCGGCCGUCCUCCCUGCCGACGUCACUGACGCCUUGGAAGGCUUUAGCGCUGCCUCCCAUCGGAACGCCCGCCUCUCUUCCUCCGGCACGAGCUGGGCCGACGUGGGUGGUCUGGAAGAGAUCAAAAACGAAGUGCGCGAGAUUUUGGAGAUGCCCGUAAAGUUCGCCCCUCUGUACGCCCGCCUUCCCACCCGCCUGCCCACAGGUCUGUUGCUGCACGGGCCACCGGGGUGCGGUAAAACCCUGCUGGCAGGGGCGGUGGCGCGGGAGUGUGGGCUGAAUUUCAUCUCGAUCAAGGGGCCUGAGGUCUUGGACAAGUUCAUCGGAGCCAGCGAACAGGCGGUUCGGGCCCUCUUUGCCAGGGCCACGGCCGCCGCGCCUUGCCUCCUGUUUUUCGACGAAUUCGAAGCCCUGGCGCCGCGGCGUGGGAGCGACAACACGGGCGUCACGGACCGGGUGGUGAACCAGUUGCUCACUUUCUUGGACGGGGUGGAGGGCCGGACGGGUGUCUACGUGAUGGGGGCGACUUCCCGACCCGACCUGGUGGACUCGGCGCUCUUGCGUCCGGGUCGUUUGGACCGGCAACUCUACCUGGGGUUUCCUGACGCGGGGGAAAGCUUGGGUAUUUUGAAGGCUUUGGUGCGGAAGAUGAGCUUGACGCCCCAGGCUACGGCCGCAUUGGAAAAGGUGGCCUUGGCGGACGGGGCGGACCUGAUGACGGGGGCGGACUGGCAGGCCAUGGUCAGCACGGCGCAAUUGGAGGCGGUGCAUGAGAAAUUAGCGGCUAUGGGGACGACUAAGACGGGCAAUGGAGCGGGUGGAGAGAAGGAGAGCAGUCAGGGCGGGGAUGGAGGGGAAGGGGUGGUGGUGACCGCACAACAUCUGUGGGCAGCUUUUGCAGCCACCCGCCCGUCGAUACCACCGGGGGAAAGGGCAAAGCUUCAGGCCAUUUACGACAAGUUUCGGAAGUCUCGUGAUGGGGAUUACAAAGACUCGACCAACAUCGGGCCCGGUACCAGCAUGAGCAGCGGUGGCGCGCAGGGCCAGACGCCCAUGCAGAGGCUCACGAUAAUGAAGGACAACGUGCUUAAAAAGGUGGAGCGCCAGAUGGAACAGUACCCCUCGCUCACGAUGCGUUCCUCGCUGUUGGACAUGGAGAAGAAAGUGAAUGUGCCAGCCCCUGCACUGUUCAUCCUUGGCAGCUCAUCUCUGGUCCUUCUUUUGGUCCUUCUUGUUAGCAUGGAGGGCGUCGCGCUCCUGGUCGGCUUGGCCUACCCACUCCUCGGCGCCCUCAAGGCCAUCAAGGUGCAGGAGGCGCACGUCAUCAAGUUCUUCAUCCAAUACUUCCUCCUCUUCAACGCCCUGAAUCUGUUGGAGACCUUCCUGCCUCUCAGCCGUCUCCCUUUGUACUACUUGGGGAAGCUCCUCUUUCUGGCAUGGGCGUUCAACCCCAAGACCCAGGGCGCCCGGCUCGUCUACGGCACCCUCCGCCCCCUCCUUCUUCCCCACCUCGGCAUCGCUUUGGGUGCAUCCGGGGCCGAGCAGUCGAGGCCUGGGGGAGGAGGCAGGAAGCGAGGGGGAGGGAGGGAAAACACGGGGGAGGGGAGGUUCGGGGCCCGGGACGGGAGCGGGGAAGGUGCGAGCAUCCACCUUCGCAUCGAACUCGCAGCCCGGGGCUUGGAAAAGCCGGCGGAACCCGAGCGGCUGGACACUCUGUGCCAACUCCGCAUCCUGCCCAUGACAGGUGGGCACAGCGAGGUCCGGAGAGCGGCCCUGGACGAAGGCCAGUGGUACAAGAGUCGGAUCAACACCGCGCCUCCCCAAGACGCCCCCGACUGGCGACACGACCCACAAUUCCUCCGCGUCCCGACCACGGAGGAUAACGUCUUGGAGGUGUUGAUUGUGAAUAAGAUGAGUUGGAGGGACCAUCCCUUGGGCCGGGUGCGCCUGCCUCUGAGGGGGCUCUCUUUUCCCAUCGAGACCACAUUGCCCCUU